AUGCUUUCCUGGGAGAAGUUGUCAAACAUAACUGUCAGCAUGUUAGUGGUGCUCCUCGUGCUGGGGGGUCUCGGAGCGACAGCAGCCUCGGACCUCCAUGUCUUUGGGAAAUCUGUGUACAGAGACGACUCUUUGCAGAGCAGCAAAGACGGCAGACAUGUUUUGAGGAAACUGCCAUACCAACAGCCAAAAAGUGGACUCCGCAGGAGCUUAGACUUGGAAAGCUACAACGUACACGUGAGGCCCACAACCAGCAGGAUCAGCCUCCCCACCAUCCUCAAGCUCUACCCGCCCACCGCCAAGCCCCUGCACAUGCACGCCAACAUGCCCAUGCGCUUCGGCCGGGAGAGCAGCCCCAGUGACGACAAGGUGCCAAACUCGUCCCCAAACAUGCCCCAGAGGUUCGGGCGGUCCUGGGAGCUGAUCCAGAUGUGUGCGGAGUGCCGUGGGGUCCGAGACGCUCCGAGCCCUGUGCUGCCUCAGAGAUUCGGGAGGAACGCUCCUUACUGGAGCCUCCUUCGGACCCUGGCCAGUGAGCACCUGUUGAACACUGGUUUGCACUGGAGUGAAGAUUUUGAUAAUACGUCCAGCUCAGAAGAAGAGGGUGACAUGGAACAUAAAUGAGGUCUUCUCAAGUGUUUUUCAUGUAAAUUUAAUUGCUAAAGUUAAAUGUUACAUUCUGCCCUUUUGGAUUCAGAUGGGGUCUCUUUUAAUAAAGUCACGUGUGGAUGGAAGACACAAUAAAAAUGCUUCAAGCUUUCAAACAAAAUUGAAGAAAAAUAAAAUACA